ACUCCUCUCAAGUCCUCAACACCACUCCAGCCCACACUCCACCAUGACCGGCUCCUGCUGUGGCUCCUUCUCCUCCCAGAGCUGUGGAGGCUGCUGCCAGCCCUGCUGCUUCCGCGACCCCUGCUGCUGCCGCCCAGUGUCCUGCCAGACCACCGUGUGCCGCCCCGUGACCUGUGUGCCCCGCUACACUCGCACCAUCUGUGAGCCCACCGGCCGCCCCAUCUGCUGCGACCCCUGUGGCCUGCAGGAAGGCUGCUGCCGCCCCAUCACCUGCUGCCCAACGUCCUGCACGUCCGUGGUCUGCAGACCCUGCUGCUGGACCUCCACCAGCUGCCAGCCCAUCAGUGUGCAGGCGCCCUGCUGCCGCCCCCACUGCUGCCAGCCUGCUCCCUGCCGCACCAUCUGCAGGACCUCCCACUGCAACCCCUGCUGCAACUCCUGCUGCUGAGCCCCUGCUGUCUCCACAGAGCACCAGAGCCUAACCACCUAUUGGGCAUUUUAAUCAAGUUGCAAGAAAAUAAAACUUUUUUCAAAGGUGACAACGGUUAGUUUUACAUCCUACCAUCUGGAGGCAGUCUCAUGUAAGCGGAUUUUCAUCACCACCUUCUGCCCAAUUCCCAGGCAUCUACCUCAGCCAACGACAUCAUAGGUGAUCAGUCAACCUUUAAAUGUUCCCAAAAUGGACUCUGCAAACCCAUCCUGAACCUGAUGGUAUGGGCUGCCCGAACCCUCGCCAUCAUCCUCUGUAAUGCAUUGCUCACUGUUGUCAAUAAACUAAUUUUUCCUGGCAUAGCAAA